GACAGUUUGGAUACAACCAUGCAGACAGUUUAUGUCAUGUUUUGGCUGUCUGUUGUUUCUGCUGUACAGUGCCUGGAUUCCAACAUUAUCCGCUCCUCCAGAGAAAUGACAAACUCUCAAGAGUCAGUAUUGCAUCUACAGAGUGACACAGUUGCAAAUUCCCAUAAUUCUGUUAGAAGGACCUCAGCUGUGCAGGGAAUCAGAACAGCUUCACCUCCUGCACAAGACUGCACCGCUGCACAAGCAACUGAAUGCAAAGGCUCAAAGAAGAAACAGCUCAAUUCUGCCAAGACACAGGUUCAGUUGGAUGUGCGAGGAAGUCAAAAAGCGCCCGAGAUGUCCCCGUGUGUGCGCUCGCGCGACUGUGAGGACGGGCUGUGCUGCGCGCUCUACUUGACGGGGAAGAGGUGUCAGCGCGUGCCGGCGCUGGGCGAGGUGUGCCUGCUGCGGGGACGCACCAAAUCCCGCAGGAGACUGGAGCGCUGCGACUGCGACCGGAAGCUGCUCUGCCGCGCGCAGCCCCACAGCCCUCGCGGACAUGGCGUGUGCCGCCCCGAGCCGAGGAGCUGACCGCAGACCAGCACAGACCAGCACAAGCCAGCACAGAC